AUGUGGAUCCCUUCGUCCCACGCGUCUACUCACUCAGCCAUCCACGUCUACUCACUCAGCCAUCCACCGUGUGGCUCCCUUCGUCUCAAUCAUUCGUUCGAGAAAUUCGGCUUUGGCGCGACGAUUUCCGCCGCCAACGUCGCCUGGUAUCAGAUGAGUGAAAAUGGCACUGACAAUGUACUUCCGCCAGCCAAGAGCUGUCCUGUAAUCCAGAUUGAC